AUGAAAGUCAAACAAAGAUCGGUUUGUCAGACCUGUCGCAAUCGGAAAUUAGGCUGCGAUGGAAAACGGCCGGCCUGUAGCCAAUGCGUGCUUACCGGAAGGACCUGCGACGGGUACCAAAGCGACUGGACAUUUGUUUCACAGGGAACCUCCGGUAAACAGUCGACUGUCAGACCAUGUCAGCAGAAGGUGGCGAACAUUAAACGGACGGUUGAUGCGAACUCCCGCUCCUCUACCGGACGUCGGCCCCAAAACCGCCAACAAGUGGAGCCCGAACUACUCAUCCGCGAAGAGUCGCUGUCGCUCAUCCGGCCUCAUGGACGCCCGUGUAUGACCGAUGUCGCAGAAUUUGUCAGAAACGGCUAUCUUCCCGAAAUCCUCAAUACCUUGAGCGACUCCGCCCACAAAGAAUCUCGAAUAUGUGGCGCCUGGGUUGACGUGCUUCCUCAGCUUCCAUGUCUGGCCUCCGAUGCUUCGGUACUAUCGAAAGCUACACUGGCACUAGCGACCUUAAUAAAUUCACAAAGAAGAAGUUUAUCACGUACAUGUGAUGUCGAAUCCCCGCAGAGCUACUAUGAUGCUAUCCAUAAGAUGCGCGGACAUAUCGCUACGAAUGGUCUCUCCUUGGAAUUGUUACCUGCUAUUAUGUGUCUUACUUUGGUGGAACUCAUGCUGCCGGAUUCCGCGUCUGCUCUCAAUAUGCAUAUCCACGCCAUUAGGAUAUUGUUCCAAAAUUACGGUCCAGGAACUUUUAGUUCAGGAUUACUCCAUCAACUCUUCUUGGGCUUUCGGCCGGUCAUUAUUGCAGAAGCAUUGCGUGAUCGGCAACCUACGUUUCUGGCUACUAGCAUCUGGAUCAACAUCCCUUUUUCGAUCAAUGCGGUAACUCCAACCCAAGAACUUUACAGCGAAAUUGCAGCUAUACCGUCAAUCCUGCAGGAGAUUGAUAUGCUCGGCUGUGUAUCCUCGACUGAAAAUGUACCUGCUUCGCGAGUAUUGAUCGGAUCCCUUUUUGAGGCUUCAAAACGACUUUGCGCUUGGGAGAACGCCUUAGGUCUCAACAUUAUUCCUUCAGUCACUUCGUUAUCUGACCUUCAACCCACUUCUAUCAAUAUUCCACAGGCAUCCCCCACGCCUAUAUGGUUCCCUAACAUCCCGAUCGCAAAUGGGAUGACUCAUUGCUGGUCCGUCCGAGUCAUAUGUUUAUUGGAAAUUGACAAAAUUCUGUCGAGACUGCCGAAUUGUACCGGAAUACUUGAGGGUUUGUCAGAGGAAAUGAAUCCGAUUAGCAUUCGAGCUGAAGGGGACCGUCUGGCCUUUUUGAUUUGUUCAAGUAUGAGUUACUUGUUUCAAAAUGAGAUGAAGCUCUUCGGGCCAGCCUUGGCAUUGUUUCCCGCGCAGAUCGCAUAUGCGUGGUUUGAGAGACACCGAGGUUGCAAUGACAAUAGCAUAGACUUUAUUAAGGGAGUCGUCGCCAAAUUAGUCCAAAGAGGCUUACUGUCGGCGCCGCGCCUGGUACUCGGCGAAAGCUCAAUUUGA